AUGACCAAAGACUCCCAAAGGGCGCUCCUAUGGACCAAACAACUCUUCUACAACAAGUCCAAUAAGGCGGACUCACUCUUAGCCCACAAACUAUGCCAGAAAACACAGGCCAAAAAUAUAGACAAAAUUAAAUCCCCCAGAGGCACCACGUACACCACCCCUGACCGAAUUGCCUCCGUCUUUGCCGCAUACUUCACAGAACUCUAUAACCACAGAUCAGAAACCAGACAAAACCCAAACCACCCAAUCGACCCCCAGGCCAUAGAAUCUUAUCUUGGAGACAUCCCCCUCCCAGCGCUGUCGGAGGAAAUGAGAGCACAACUUACAACGCCCAUCACGACAGACGAAAUCGCACUCACAAUUAAAUCAAUCAAACCUCAUAAGUGCCCGGGACCUGAUGGAUUUACAGACCAAUACUACAAAUCAUUCUCGGACGCCCUCCUACCCCACCAUGCCUCACUGUAUAAUUCGCUACUCCAAGGAGACGCACUGCCGGAAGAUAUGCUGAG